AUGUCCUUAUGUUGGUUAUAUAGAGUAAAACCUUCGGUAUGUCACGAACCAUUUCAAAAAGCUUCUAAUAUUGGUGGUACUAUCGUUAGUAAUUUUACUGGAGAACCAUAUGUAAAAUUUAUUCCUGAUCAAAUUCGGUGGAGUCCAUUUAAGCUCUACAAAGAAAAUAAAGAAAAUUUCAUUGAAGGAUUAAAUACUUUAGCUGGAGCGGGUGACCCAUCUGUUAAACAUGGAUUAGCUAUUCAUAUUUAUCUUGCUGGACCCCCUCUACAAGCACACCCCUCGGGACCAUAG